CAAUGGCAAGACUCAACAAAUCUGCCCAGCUGAACCUUUCAGAUACCAAUAUUGCUGGUCUUGGUACCGAGCUUGAAAAGCAAGUUCGCUUGAAUGCUGCCAGGACAGAGGAAGCGUGGAAAGGCGUUGGCCAAACCCCUGGCACCAAAAUAUGGCGUAUAGAGAAAUUCCAUAUUGCUGCAUGGCCUGAAUCUUCCUAUGGCAGCUUCUACUCAGGGGACUCGUAUAUUGUUUUACAUACUUACAAGAAGCCAGACACACCUGCUCUUUUUCAUAAUGUUCAUUUCUGGCUUGGACUCCAGACUACUCAGGAUGAGGCAGGAACAGCCGCAUACAAGACAGUUGAGCUUGAUGAUUUUCUUCAUGGAACCCCUGUGCAAUUCCGUGAAGUUCAAGGAUCUGAGACACCGCUGUUCUGUUCGUAUUUCAAACAUGUCCAUGUUAUGGAAGGUGGUGUCGAGUCUGGCUUCAAUCAUGUCAAACCAACAGAGUAUGUUCCACGUCUUCUCCAGAUCAAAGGAAACAAAAACAACAUUUCGAUACACGAAGUUCCACGUACUUUUAAGAGUAUGAAUAGCGGAGAUAUCUUUAUUGCUGACGCAGGUCUCAAGAUUUAUCAGUGGAAUGGAUCUUCUGCCAAUGGACAUGAAAAGUCGCGCGCAAUGGAGUUUGCUCGUGCACUUGCUGGAGAGCGCAAAACCGCAAAGGUUGAGGUUUUUGACGAAGGUGAUCAUGAUGCAGAGCCCUUCUGGACUACAAUUGGCGGAAAGGGGCCGAUAUCUUCUGCACAAGACAGUACUACCGACUCUGCUGUGUCUCGAGAGGAUCGCAAACUAUUUCGAGUUUCGGACAGCACUGGCCCACUUCGUACUACCCUGGUUUCGACUGCUGUUAUUAAAAUGGAUAUGUUUAAACCCGACGAUAUAUUCAUUUUUGAUGCUGUCAGUCAAAUUUUCACCUGGAUCGGAACCAAAGCGUCCAAGGAAGAGAAACGCAUGGGUCUCCAGAUCGCUCUCGAGUAUCUAGCCUCUACUGGUCGCUCUCUUACACUUCCUAUCAGCCGCGUUGUCGAGGGAGGCGAAGGCCAGACCUUUAAAUCCAUGCUGGAUCAGUAAUUUACUUAUCUGCAAGGUAUAAAAACAGUUGCUCUUAUUCUUUUCAUCAGUUGUAUCAUGCCGAUUUGGACGACAAUACGAGUGAUCAAGACUUUUUUGAAAUACUAAAGUUGCAAUAAACAUUUUUAUCCC